AUGCGCCUUACAAGUCACCCCGACCUUGCCUGGAUCUUGGCUGCGCAUCUCGGCAACGGAAUCCCGUUCAAGGUGGGGAGAGAGAUGCCGUACCUGCCGAUUAGCGCAUGGAAGGAGCGGCACCAACCCCAGCAGCGCUCUCCUGCCUACGGCGCUCCCCCCCAGCAGGGCUACUACCAGGGCCAGCCCGGCCCUUACCAGCAACCUCCUCCCGGCGCCUACGGUGGUCAGCAGCCCAUGCAGUACCAGCAGCCCAUGCAGUACCAGCCCCAGCCUGAGCAGCAGCAGCAGCAGAACAAGGGGUCCGGCGGUGGUGGCGGUUCCAACAACUGCUUCAUGGCCUGCAUCGCCGCCUUCUGCUGUUGCUGUGCUGUCGAGGAGGGUUGUGAAUGCUGUAUCGACUGCUGCGAGUGCCUCUGCUAG